AGUGUCCUUCGCAUCCCGCCUGUUGCGAAAUCUCAGCACGGGUGGAGAAGUCCGAAAGAUAGGAGAGAAGAUAAAAAUCUAUCAAGAAAAUGGAAAUAAAAGGGCAAGUUGCCCUAGUGACUGGAGCUGCAUCUGGUAUCGGCAAAGCGUAUGCUGUCGAACUGCUGAAUCAGGGUGCUAAGGUGGCUAUCUGUGAUAUAAACACCGAAGAAGGAGAGAAACUGGUGGAAACAUUAGCCGCAAAGUAUGGUAAAGAUCGCGUGAUCUUUUCGCAAUGUGACGUCACGGAUUACCCGCAAUUCGAAGAAUCGUUUCAGACAACGAUCGCGGAAUUCGGUCAUAUUGAUAUCGUUAUCAACAACGCUGGUAUCAUGAACGACCGAUUCUGGGAGCUUGAAGUAGACAUUAAUCUUAAUGGGGUAAUACGCGGCACUUUGCUCGCUCAACGAUUUAUGGGCACCGAUAGGGGUGGCCAGGGUGGAAUCGUUAUUAAUACCGGCAGCAAUGUCAGCAUUAACCCUUACGUCAGCGUGCCAAUUUAUUCCGCGACAAAAGCGGCUAUUGUCAACUUCACCAGAGCUUUUGGAGAUCAAUACCACGUAGAUUUGACGGGUGUUAAGGUAAUGGCACUCUGUCCGAGUGCCACAGAUACCAAAUUAGUACGAGACGUCAAUAGAAAGCUUCUCUUGGCUCGAUAUGAAGAUGCCUGGCAAAGAGAUACGGCCUCGUCAAUUCCUCAAAGGGCGGAACACGUGGCGAAGGCAUUGAUACACGUGUUGAGUAGCGGAAAAAGCGGCAGCGUGUGGAUGGUGGAGAAGGACCAGCCUCCUCACGAGAUCAGUUUUGCGAAGCACAAUCGCGAUUUGCAUACGUCCGCAGUGUCUCAAAAGUAUCUCGAAUACAACACUCUGAUAAUGGAGAUUCAUGGAAAAACCGUGCUUAUCACCGGCGGAGCUAAUGGCAUUGGUUAUUGCACCGCUCGAGAAUUGCUUCGGAGCGGAGCGAAGGCUAUCGCAAUUAUAGAUUUACCUGACUCAAAUGGCGAAAAUGCUGUGACGGAAUUAGAGAAGGAAUUCGGCGCGAAUCAUGUCAUUUUCCUCAUUGGAAACGUGGCAAAUGCCGAGGAAUUUACGGCUUGUUUCGAAAAGGCAAUAGAAUCAUUCAGCACAUUGGAUAUUAUUAUCAAUAAUGCCGGUAUUAUGAAUGAUGCAGAAUGGGAGCCGAUGGUUGAUGUUAAUUACAAAGGGGUUGUACGUGGCACGUUACUGGGUCUGAAUCACAUGGGAAAGCAUAAAGGAGGAAAAGGCGGUACCAUCGUUAAUAUGGCUUCUAUAGUUGGCUUGCAAGGCAAUCCAAUCGCGCCGAUUUACACCGGCACGCAUUUCGCCAUUGUCGGAUUUACCUCAUCCUUAGUGACUUUCUAUGAGAAAACAGGUGUACGUGUAUUGAUAAUAUGUCCCGGUCUCACAACUACUGGCAUGGCUUCGAAGUACAUGUCAAGCAAAAUCUACGCAAUGGACAUCCUCGAUGAUGAAAUCGCUGCUAAGGAAAUGACGACGAUGGAGAGUCAAUCACCUGAGCAUGUGGCAACCGCUAUUGUAGAAUUGAUCGAAAAAGGAAAUAACGGAGCGAUCUUUGUUAGCGAAAACAAUCAACCUGCUUACGCCGUACAAUUACCAUCCUACACUGAUUUGAAGAUUUCGGUAUAAGAUCUGCAAGCUGAUGAAUUAUUCUUGUUAUAUGGACACCGGCGCCUCGAUUUCUUUCACGAUUCUUGAAAAUAAAUAUAUUUAAUUUAAAAAAAA